AUGGCGGGUAGGUACCUGGGUAGGUAUAGUGUUCCUCAGAAGAGUAAUCUUUCAAGUUAUGCUGGUAUCCCUCAUUCUAUGUGCAACGAGAGAUGCCCACCUGGGUACAGAAAAGUGAAUCAGAGAGAAGCAAUAUGCUGCUAUUCUUGUGUUCAGUGCUCACCUGGUGAAAUAUCCAAUCAAACUGAUAUGGAAACUUGUUUGCUGUGUCCAGAAGAUGAAUAUCCUGAUAUUGCUCAAGUCACUUGUCUGCCAAGAACCAUUGAUUUUUUAUCCUACCAUGAACCUCUUGGUGCAACAUUAGCAUCAUUUGUAGUAAUUUUAUUUUUUAUCACAGCUGCCGUACUUGGUAUUUUUAUAAUGUACAGACAUACACCCAUAGUACGAGCCAAUAAUAGGUUUCUAAGUUACAUCAUUCUCUUUUCCCUUAUGCUUUCCUUCCUUCUUUGCUUGUUAUUUUUUUGCUCACCUAGUAAGAUCACAUGCUUUCUGCAAAAUGUUGUUUUAAACAUAAUCUAUGCUGUGGUAGUGUCAUCUGUUCUGGCAAAAACAAUUACAGUUUUAGUAGCCUUUUUAGUUGUUAAGCCCGGGAGCAAAUUCAGGCUAUUUUUGAGAUCCAGGGUAUCCAUCUUUAUAGUUAUGUUCUGUUGCUUUGGUGAAGUUGUAAUCUGCUUGUGGUGGUUAACAUCCUGGCCUCCAUUCCCAGAUAAAGACUCAAAGGCAGAAGUUGGUAAACUAAUACUGCAUUGUAAUGUUGGUUAUUUUCUUUUGUUUUAUUUUGCUCUUGGUUAUAAUUGGUUCCUUGCACUUUGUAGUUUUAUUGUAGCUUUUCUGGCCAAGCAGUUGCCAGAUCUAUUUAAUGAGGCCCGUUAUAUCACUUUCAGUAUGCUUGUGUUCUGCAGUGUUUGGGUUUCGUUUAUCCCAGCAUAUAUGAGCACCAAAGGGAAAUCUAUGGUUGCUGUAGAAGUAUUUGCUAUCCUGGCUUCCAGCACAGGGAUUUUGGGAUGUAUAUUUUUACCCAAGUGUUAUAUUAUCAUAUUCAGGCCAAAAUUAAAUACUAAACAAUCUUUAUGCAGUACUGGUUUGUAA